AUGGCUCUGUCGCUGCGCGCACUGCCCUCCAAGCAACCCUACAGAACACUAGUCUACCUCCUCGCUUUUGUCAGCGUCUUUUUUGUCCUGUCGAGGCUGUAUCUGAGCAACGAUGAGGACCUGCUCGCUCUCGGCACCAUCCAGGACUCGCCUGAAACACACGCGCUCUGCACCGCCCAUGGCUUUACUGCCUAUCCUGCGACGGCCUCAGCCUCUCGACGAAAGAUUUACGACCUCACCAUGAUCAACACCGAGCUCGACUGGCUCGAAAUCCGUCUCGAUGCCCUCUACGACGAGGUGGACCUCUUCAUCAUUGUCGAAUCGCCCAAGACUUUCCAUGGCCACUCGAAGCCCAUGGUCGCCAAGGACAACUGGGACCGCUUCGCCAAGUACCACGACAAGAUGCUCUACCACGAGCUUGAGUUCCCGAGCAGCUUCCACCCGCACCGCACGUGGGACUUUGAGUUUCUGCAGCGCGACGCGAGCUACGAGCAAGUCUUUCCAAAACUCACCGGCGACCGUGCGCCGCGCCUCGGCGACGUGCUCGUCGUCGCCGACGUCGACGAGAUCCCGCGCCCCGAUACGCUGCGUACGCUGCGCGCGUGCAGCUUCCCCCGCCGCCUCACACUCGCCUCGCGCUUCUACUACUACUCGUUCCAGUUCCAGAGCGUCGGGCCCGAGUGGCACCACCCGCAGGCCACCUUUUACGAUGGCCAGCGCACGCUCACGCCCAACAACCUGCGCGCCGGCGGCGGCGGCAACUUCAUCUCGCGAUGGCGCGAGUCGGGCAACUACGCCAACUCGAGCUGGCACUGCAGCAGCUGCUUCGACUCGAUGGAGCUGUUCCUCAACAAAAUGGCCAGCUUCUCCCACAAGUGGAUGAAUGGCGCCGAGUACCGCGACCCGGACCGCAUCGCCCACGCCGUCCGCGAAGGGCUCGACAUCUGGGGCCGCAAGUCGUCGACGUUUGAGCGCGUGAAUAAUAACCAGGACCUGCCGCCGCUGGUGAGAGACGACCCGAGGUACGGCUACUUGAAGGACCGAAGUGGCGAAUCGGCUGGGAUGAAGGACUACCCAUGA